AUGAGAGACGCCUGGCUGGUUGCCCUAGCUGCGGGUGCUGCAGGAAUCGCCAAUGCCGAGUAUCACUCCCCUCCUUCAUACCCCUCGCCGUGGGCCAAUGGUGCUGGGGAAUGGGCUGAGGCCUACCAAAAGGCCGUCGCGUUUGUCUCGGAAUUGACAUUGCUGGAGAAGAUCAAUCUGACGACUGGUAUUGGGUGGGAAUCCGGACAAUGCGUGGGAAAUAGUGGAAGCAUUCCUAGGAAGAACUUCCGUAGUCUUUGCAUGCAAGACUCGCCGCUCGGUGUUCGCGACACUGAUUACAACACUGCGUUCCCCGGCGGUAUCAAUGUCGGCGCUACCUGGGAUGUCAAUCUUGCCUAUCUCCGGGGCAAAGCAAUGGGGGAAGAACAUCGUGGAAAAGGUGUUGACGUGCAACUCGGCCCUGUCGCCGGUCCAUUGGGACGGGUCCCUGAAGGAGGCCGCAACUGGGAAGGGUUUGCCCCCGAUCCCGUCCUUACGGGCCAGAUGAUGGCAUACACCAUCAAUGGAAUCCAAGACGCCGGUGUGAUUGCUUGCGCAAAACAUUUCAUUGGAUACGAACAAGAGCAUUUCCGCCAAGGUUCCCAGGAAAACUACACCAUCAGCGACUCUAUCAGCGAGAACAUUGACGACAAGACUAUGCAUGAGUUGUACUUGUGGCCGUUUGCCGAUGCGGUCAGGGCAGGCGUUGGCUCGGUUAUGUGCUCUUAUAACCAGAUUAACAACAGCUACGCCUGCUCCAACAGUUACACACUAAAUCACCUGCUUAAAGGAGAACUUGGCUUCCAAGGAUUCGUCAUGACUGACUGGAGUGGCCAGCACGCUGGUGUUGGCGAUACUCUUGCCGGUACCGAUAUGGAUAUGCCGGGAGAUGUAGCUUUCAACUCUGGAACUGGUUUUUGGGGCGCCAAUUUGACAAUUGCUGUGCUUAAUGGCACCGUUCCCGAGUGGCGUGUUGAUGACAUGGCAGUCCGUAUCAUGUCUGCUUUCUACAAGGUUGGCCGGGAUACCAACCAGGUUCCUAUCAACUUUGACUCCUGGACACUUGAUACCUACGGCAACGAAUACUACUACGCCGGUGAGGGUUACAAGCAGAUCAAUCAGCAUGUUGAUGUCCGCGCGAACCACGCCCAGGUCGUGCGCGAGAUUGGCAGCCGUAGUGCCGUCCUCCUUAAAAAUGUUAAUGCUGCCCUUCCAUUGACGGGCAGGGAGAAAUACGUUGCCAUCUUCGGAGAGGAUGCAGGCGCCAACAUUGACGGUGUCAAUAGCUGCUCUGACCGUGGCUGUGACAAUGGCACUCUGGCCAUGGGAUGGGGUAGUGGUAGCGACAACUUCCCUUACUUGGUCACCCCCGAACAGGCUAUCUCAGCUGAAGUGGUCAAGAAUGGAGGUGCCUUUACUGCUAUCACUGACAGCGGUGCCAUUGAUGAGGCUAAGACCAUUGCUAGUCAGGCUUCGACUUGCAUCGUAUUUGCCAACGCCGACUCCGGGGAAGGAUACAUUGAGGUCGACAACAAUUGGGGCGAUCGCAACAACUUGACAUUGUGGAAAAAUGGUGAAGCUAUGAUCGACGCCGUUGCCGGCGAAUGCAACAACACGAUUGUAGUCUUGCAUACCGUGGGACCUGUCCUCAUCGAAGACUGGGUGCACCAUCCCAACAUCACUGCUGUUUUGUGGAAUGGUAUACCUGGACAGGAGAGCGGCAACUCGCUUGUUGACGUUCUUUAUGGCACCGUGAACCCUGGAGGCAAGACCCCCUUCACAUGGGGCAAGAAGCGUUCAGACUGGGGCACAGAUAUUCUCUACGUUCCCAACGAAGGAGAAAGUGCUCCCCAGCAGAACUUUACGGAGGGUAUCUUUAUUGAUUACCGACAUUUUGACAAAGCCAACAUCACUCCCACCUACGAAUUCGGCUAUGGUCUCAGUUACAGCACCUUCUCAUUCUCAGAUCUUCAAGUCCAGACUAUACCUGCGCCCCCUUACGUACCGUUCAAUGGUACGACGAAGUCAGCGCCUGUGUUGGGCACUGUUCUGAAUGCCACGGCCUACCUAUUCCCUGACUACAUCAGGCGCAUUGAAGCCUUUAUAUACCCAUGGAUCACCUCUACGAACCUCAAAGCUGCCUCUGGUGAUCCGCACUACGGCUGGCCAACAUCCAAAUAUGUGCCCGCUGGCGCUCAAGACGGCUCAGCGCAGAAAAUCAACCCUGCUGGUGGUGGUCCAGGUGGUAACCCAGCUCUAUACGACACCGUCGCCAAAGUCACUGUUACUGUAAAGAACACAGGUGCCGUUGUCGGAGACGAGGUUCCUCAGCUCUACGUCUCCCUUGGCGGUCCUGAUGACGCACCCAAAGUACUUCGUGGAUUCACUCGUCUUACUUUGCAGCCUGGCGAGGAGACUCAGUGGAGUACUACCUUGACACGUCGAGAUGUGUCCAACUGGGACGUUGCCAAACAAAACUGGGUUGUCACCAACUACACCAAGACGGUCUACGUUGGCAACUCGUCGCGCAACUUGCCGCUUAGGUCUACACUCCUUUUGAAGCUGUAG